AAAGCAGCGGUCCAGUGACCAACAGCGAAAAGGAUCCAUAUUUCCGUAGAAAGAACCGGUCCCCAGACGCACCGUCACCGGCCAGUGCCCCUUGUAGCGUCACUGUAAUCCAUCCAGUUUCGGUGGCACCGCCGUCGAGGAAGCACCAGCAGGUUUGGCAAAAUUUGCGAAUUUGAUCCGUCGCCGGGUGAAGGAGAAGAAGCAGGGACCAGGACGGGAACCGAGACGGGAGACGACGUGUGACAGGAGGGAAAUUUUUCUUUGGUUGAACCGUUUUCGGGAAAUUCGUCAAAAUUAGCGCAGAAUCGAGAGUGCGUAAAAUGUCCCUCAACACGGACUCGCCGGACGCGAAAAAGCCCUGCAAGGGCAUCCUCAAGUCGUCCAGCAGCUUCGACAAGCGGGACUCGGCCGUGUCCGUGGCGGCCUCGGCAAGCCACCGCAAGAGUGCCAAGUUCGACGAGCUGAACGUGCUGCAGACGUACCACCCGCCGGACAAGGACUACGGCCACAUGAAGGUCGAUGAACCGAAAACGCCGUACAACUACGUCGAGGAGGGGGAUGUGGACCAACUCGACGCGGAACUGCUGGCGGAAAAACUCCGCGUAGCGGCCAACUCCCGCAGCGAUUCCGUCUCCGAAGAGGAGGAACCGUCCUCCGACGAGGAACAUGAGGAACUGACAGAGGAGGAGCGAAAACGACGGGGCGAGUUUGAACGGCGCCGGAAAGCGCACUACAACGAGUUCGAAGCCGUCAAGCUGGCCCGGAAGCUGAUCGAGGAGGAGGACGAAGAUGACGGUGAGGAUGGUGGCGGCGGCGUGGACAAGGAUAGCAGUAUAAACAGCAGCAGCGGUGGCGAUCAGCCCCAAAAGAUGGAGGUCGAAGACGUGGACGAGGUGGACCGGAAGAAUGGCCAGGACCAGGCGGCCACCAGCAGUCAACAGCCAGCCGCAGGUAUCGUUUUGCCGGAGGCCGAUGAGGUUUAGAACCGUUUUGAGGGGCGCGUGGCUACGAGAGAUACGGGAAGGAGUUAUUUUCUUUUCUUGUCCCGAUGCGCUCUCGUUAUUUCUAUUUUGUGUAAGCGUAUCAUAACAUAAUACAUAUAUUUAUACAUUUUUGUACACCAAUUUACGUAACGCGUACGAUUAUGUUAGUCGCCCUGAUUUAAUUGCUUCUUUCUUUUAUCUUUUCUUUCUAUCUCUUUCUUUACUCUUACUAUCUCUAAUUGUGUCCGUACUUUGUCCGUCGUCCGUCCGUCCGUCCACUAGUUUCACCGGAAAUGUCUCUCGAGCGCGAGCCGAGCGUGGUCCGGGAUCGGUUCGAGGUCGUCGUCGUGGACUGCAGCUCCCACCGGGGCAGCAUCCACGAGGACACGCGGUCGAUCCGGGUCACGCGACGUUCCGUCUACAUCUACAUCGGGAUCACGUUGAUCAUUCUAACCGUGCUGUUCACCCUCCUGGUUGUCUUUGUGUUCCCCUUCUGAUUGUGUUUUCCUUCUUUUUCGUUUGAGUUCACUCUGAGUUCUUCCAUUCUGCUAAUCUUCCUAACUAAAAAAAAAGGAGAAACUAACAAAACAACACGAGUGAGACUCACCGUCAAAUUGAUCUUGAUCGUCAGCAGGAAACCACUACCGUGACUAGUUUUAUAGAUUUUAAGUUGUUUAGUGUUACACACGCAAACUCACCUACUAUUACUAAAUUACACUCACACAGAACACACACUACACAACACACCUUUAGGUUUAGGGAGAAGAAGAAGACGUUUAUGGUUUUUGGUGGAGAAAAUGUCGAAGAAGGCGCAGCGCCGGAAGGAACUCACCGAUCCGAAUCCAACAACCCCGAGAUAAUACGCUUGGAUACGACAUUAAUACAGUCAAUAUUUUUGUAUCUACUAGUAGAAGAGAGAAGAGUGUUGUGUAGGCGUUGGAGCAGCGCUCAAAAUUGUUGCAGCGCGAUUGUUGUUGUAAAGUUGUGUGAAAAAGUGUUUAGGAAAAAACUAAAUUAGAUUUCAUGUGUUGCCUUUUUUGAUUUCAGUUUGCGUUCUCUGGUGAUAAUCCCGGGCUAGAUUGUGAGCAAAAACGUAGAUUUUCUUUACUGGAUUUAUUUUAUGGCAUAAAUUUAGUUAUUUCAAUAAAACAAUAUUUUAAACCAACUCCGUGAUUGAUGUCUUCCUCAAAAAAUCAAGAUCAGAUAACCAAAAAAAGUGUCUAAGUGGUUUAAGGAAGGUCCCCAAGUUGUGGGACACGAAAACGGACUUUUCUUCACCCUUCCUUAUCGAGUGUAUACGCCGCUUUAAACACAAAUAAAAGCUGCGAACCGAAGAUUAGCAGUGACGUAUUGGAAUUUUGAUAGCCUGGAACACAUCGUCGCCGUCGUGCUAACUUGUCGUACGUGCAUUUUGGGCCAAAUUGAGUUGAGAACGCCAUUUUGUGCAGCUCACAAUGCCUCACCUUUUGACCUUCACAGAUCCCCAAAAUUCGAUUUCAAUCCUGAGAUAUUCAACGAUAUCCGAUUACAUAUGAAAGUAGUUCAAUCUUGUCGUGCUAUCUUGUCACUCCCUGAAAAUUGUUGUAAGUGCGACAAUUGGCCAAAGGGAUUUCAGGUCAGAACGCGUUUGACGCACGUACAAGCUAGACUACCGUAAACAUUUUCAAUUAUAACUCGGGACUCCGGCAACCAAAUUCAACCAAACUUCGGGGCAAUGCACAGAAUGGUCAACCAAACAAAACGUGUUUGUUAUUGUUUACAUUGCGUGCUCUCGUUUUUGUUUAUUCAAGGUCAAACAUUAAAACGCGUUUUUCUCGGAACGUCGAAAUGGCGGGUGCGACAAGAUAGCACGACGACGUCGACAUGAAAUCAGUUAUCCGCUGAUUUUUUACUUCAAAUUGACCUAAUUCAUUUUGCACACUCUAGGCGGGAAGACGUUAAUAGUGCACGUGAGACAAAAAUGCAUUUGUGGACAGUGUAGAAAUUAAAAAAAAAUUUAAACCUUUAUGAAACCAUUCUAAAUAGUACACCCAAACCAAUGAUUGCUGCAAAGCGAUGUAAACUCAAAGUAAUAACAUUGAUACGCAGCGUUUAAAUUUCGCCAAAACCUCAAGAGAUGGGAAAAAGGGGAUUUUGUGUUCUUGUCAGGUAAGGGUCUGGAAAAGUCGGAAAUUUGGUUUGUUGGAUCUUAAAAAAAAAUUAGAAUUUUCAAAUUCAUUUUACUCAAUUAAUUAGCUUAAAUAUUUGAAAAACAAUUCCAAUUUGAUUUUUUUGUGGUUAAUAUUUUAUAAUAUAAUUCCAUCGUGUCAAAGUUUUUAAUUUCUGUUAUCUCUUUUGUGAGAUUGAGUAAAAUAAUAAAAAUAAAGUUUGUUUUGUAUAGUGGAAAAAAAUUAUCAUUCAACUAAGUCCAAACGUUUAUCGUUCUGAUUGUAAUAAAAUCAAAACAUCUUAACAUUUUGAAAAUAUUAAAAACAGCAUUGCAAAAUUAUUAAAUAAAAAUGUUUUGGUUAUUACAAAUAAGUUUAAAGAAUAUAUUUCUUUGCUGAACUGAGUGGUCAAACUUAUAAAAAUGGAUGUUUCAUUGAAUAAAAUUAAAUCACUUCAAUCAAAAUAAAAUUAUUAUAUUAUAAAAUGCGUUGACUGAAUAAUAACUGUUAUAAAGUUUUAAUGAUUCCUUGAUAAAAAAAAUCCUUCAUAAAAUUGAAAAUUGAGUUAUGUUAAACGUUUUUUUAUUCACUUUUAAUUUUCUGAUAGAAAAGAGAAUAUGAUGUUAAGCAUUUUUUUAAAUAAACUUUUACAUUUUUUUUAUCAAAGACUGAUUAUUAUUUUUUUUUCAGUCGAAAUUGAUUGCUUUUAUUUUUUGAGUUUUUUUUAGAAAUGUUUUGUUAAGUUUUUUUUAUGAAAGUCUUCAAGAGUUAAUGAUUUGGAAUUAAAUUCUGAAAUUUUGUUCGAUGAUCGAUAUUGGCUUUUUAAAUAACAUUUUUUUUUCAUUUAAAAUAAUUCCUAGGUUAUGAAAUUACUUUUAUUUAAGGUUUUCGAAAAGUCGGGAAUUUUACAUUAGAUUUAAUUGGCCAUCCUUUCUAAGUCGUCUUUUAAUCUGAAAAUAUUUUUUUGGUUUGUUGGUCACACAAGAUUUAUUUUUAAACAUUGAAAAUCGGAUCAAUAAUUUCCAAGGUACUUUGAAAAACUAAUUUUAUUGAGAUUUCAAUUCUCAGCAAUCAUAAUUUGGAUCAACAAUUUCCCAAAAAAUAUAGUAAAUUUUCUCAGCUUUUCAAAUAUAUAUUUUUUCAGAGUUGGACGACGAUGUACACUAAAAAUUAAAAAAAGAAAAAUUUUCUGCAAAUUAUAACCUCAAAAUGUCUUUAACUCGAAAACAGUGCAUUUUAUCAAUAAAUCACAAUUUGAACUUUUUCCUGCGUUAUCAAAAUUACUCCUUUUUUAAAAGUCAUACUUGGGCAAUUAAAACGUCCGUCUACUUUUUUUCCGCUAACUAUUUUUCCGAAUAAUCCGAAUCAUAUCCAACAACUUUGCCGAAGACAGCAAAUCGAUCAGAAAAUCCCUGCUCAUGAUAUAGAUUUUUGAAUAUUUGCAUAGCACUUUUCUAUGGACAGUCCCUUAAUUUGCAUGGCAUCGAUGGACAAAAUUUUAUUCAAAUAAAAAAUAAAUUUGCGAAAACGUAGGAAAUUGCUCAGUUGCAUAACUGUAAUCAUUAAAAAAGAAAUUGAUUUUGUUUGUGUUUUGCUUCAACUUAAAAACAAAAACUUUUAAAAUUCAUGAAGAAACAAUUGGAUUUUUUUUGUUAAAUAAACAAAACUGCUCUAGGUCUAUUUCAAAUAAAAAAAAUAUAUUAAAAAUUUUAGACAAACUAUUUGAUAUAGGGGAACUAUACCCUUUCUCAGCCUAUUUCUAUUAUCGGCCUAUCAGCACUUUGCUAAUGAAUUACAGUUUUCAUAAAGUGUUUUUGACUGUUCCAAAGUAAUAAAUAACUCAAAUAAAAGUGAGCAAGCAACUCACUAUUGUUGAUACAUCUGAAAAUGUGAUUUAAUAGCGGAAAACGGCUUAGAGUGAUUAAAAUGGGUAUAUUUCCCCUACUAUCGAUUUUUAUGGGAAGAUUUUAAGUCCUAUAAAUAACUUGAUGCAAAUUCACAAGAUUCUGAAAUAAAUACAAAAACUUGUUUUUAUGAUUUAUCUGUUCAAACAAAAUGAAAAUUUAAACAUGUGCAUCUUUCUAUUCUUUCCGAAUAAACUUAAUCCGUUCAAAUCAGAAUAAUCUAUUUUGUGUUCCAUUUUUGGCAUCUGGAAAGCUUGGAGCUUCUUAUCAUGUUGCAUGCAAUUUUUGGAUUGUAUGCAAGAGCGACGAACCGCCCAAGUUCUCCAUACAAAUUUUGAAUAAUGCUGACACAAAUUUUGUUGGUCGGUGUAAUAUUUGAAAAUAAAACAAAUCGCAUUGUUCCAAAUCCAUUUUGAUUUCCCUGAUUUAUUAGUUGCAAUGUGUGAGAAAACAAGUGCAGUCUGUUACUGUCGCUGCAGUAUUUUACAUGUAUACAGAAAGUGGAAGGAAGCAGUCGAACAAAAUCAAAUCUUAUCAGAACCCAUCGGACAAUGUCUGAAAACAGUAAAAAAGGCUUUUAAAUGUUUCCUAAUUUCACGCGCUGAUUACCUAAAACUUCCGUAGGAAAAUAAAUUAAAUUAAAAACAACACCACAAAACGAUAUCAAAACAGUUUCACCGGUGGAAGAAAGCAAAAGAAAAUACAACGUCUCUCAAAAUGAUAGUUUGAAACAAUAGAAAUAACAACAACAACAACAAGCAAAUCAAGCAAUCCAGCAAAAUAAGAAAGAAAGAAAAAAAUCUAAUAAUUAUUAUUAAAGGAAGAAAAAAAAAACGCUGCAUCGUUAUAAAACAAUGGUUAUUUAUACAUAAGUGAGUCACAAACAAGCAAACUCGUACAUAUAUAAACUAAAACACUAACGCAAAAUAAGUAAAUAGCAAACUAAAGGAAAACAAAACAAUUUAGCAUCAAAAAAAGUAACAUUUAAGCGAAAGAGUUACGGAAACUUUGAAUCAAAAAAAGGAAUCUAUUUCAAAAAGGUAAACGUUUUGUUCCAAAAGCCAACUACUGCGCGCUAAAUGAAGUGAAAAUUAUUAAAAUUGAAGUAAAAAACAAAAAGUGGGGUUAGUUUUGUGUGCCCGCGUAGAAGAGAGAAAAGGAUAGCAGGAGGAUUUGAAACUUUAGCCCGAGAAUCGAGUGUGAAUUUUAAAUGAUAAUUUAUUUAUUACGCAGUUUUUUUUCUAGGUUAUCAAAAUGCAAGAAACAGCUAAUAAUUAAGGGUAAAAACAUUGAUACGUUUUACUUUUAACGCCUAUUCAGAUGAGUAUAGUAGC